AAUUUUCGAUUUGACUAUAUACGUCAGACGUGUCUUUAUGAAUCAAAUUCCCCUAUUUGUAGUGAGAUUAUUGAAGUAUAGUUUCGAUCAUGUCGAAUAAGCCUGAGAUUACGGUUAAAGACCUAGAAAGUGCUGGAGAAAACCCGGCCACGGACGACAAGCAACAGCAUAUGACGCCAAAGGAGGAAAGUGUUUCACAAGCGGUAGAAGGUUCUCAAGGCUCCCGGAGGCGGGAAGGGCAAGAGAGUGGCUCGACCACCCCCAAGGCGAGGCGCUCAAGGCGAACUGUCUCCAGGAGGCGCGAGAGAGGGUUAGAAGUCACGCGGUCCUGGGGAAGCUCAAGGAGCAUAAGUUCGGCUUUUUCACUUGAAGGGGCUGGGGACAGCAUACGGACUCCUACCUCAUCUCACAAGGGAAGGGCACGAUGCAUGUGUGAAGUCCCGGAUCUAGGCGAAGGUCAUGGCGUCGUCAACUUGACAACCAUAACAGGGGCCGCGUAUCGCAUCAGGAAUGGCAUCGAGAAAACGGCUUGCGAGAAACUAGCGCCAUUUACCGAGAUCGAGGACUACGAUGUGUUCGUUAAGCGAGAAUACUUGCAGCCUACGGGGAGCUUCAAGGUCCGAGGAGCAAGAAAUGCUUUGCUGACACUCACACCGGAGCAAAAAGGUCGCGGAGUAAUCACCACAUCUGCAGGGAACCACGGGCUUGCUCUAGCCCAACAGGGUGACGAGCUCGGAAUCCCCGUCAUGGUUCUGCUGCCUGAGAACGUGUCGCCGCUCAAGGUCAAGCUGUGCAACCGCUACAAUGCGACAACUAAACUUGCCGGGCGCAAUGCUACAGAGGUGAGGAAUAUGGCGAUAAAGUUUGAGAGUGAAGGAGGCUGUGGACCCAUCUACAUUGAUGAGAAUGAGAACACCCAUGUUAUCAGCGGGCAAGGCACCAUGGGAUUAGAAAUAGUGGAUCAAGUGGAGGACGUUGAUGCCAUCAUCGUUCCCGUGGGGGGAGGGGGUCUGUUGGCCGGUAUUUCUGUCGCCGUAAAGACUCUUUACCCCGACAUUCAAAUCAUCGGAGUGGAGGCAGCUGCUUGUCCUAGUUUUCAGGCCGCGAUGAGCGCAGGCAAACCCGUGAAAGUAAAAGCAGAGAUGUGGCUGACUCUAGCGGAGGGUCUUAGUUUUUCUAUCGUCAGUGAGCUACCGUUCCAAUUGGCGCGGAAACGGUUGGACAAGAUCGUCUCAGUAUCGGAGGAGCACAUUGCACUCGCCGUGCUUCGGUUACUGGAGAAAGAGCGCAUCAUCAUAGAGGGGUCAGGCGCUGCAGGCCUGGCUGCACUCAUCGGGGGGUACCUACCGGAGCUCAAAGGAAAGCGGGUUGUGGUGCCGCUAUGCGGAGGCAACAUUGAGUCGACUACCCUGGGGCGAGCUAUUGAGCGCGGGUUGUACGCUGACCACAGAAUGGUACGGUUCGUCGUACGCAUCGGCGACAGGCCUGGUGCCUUAGCACGGCUUCUCCACACGAUAUCAUCGAUUGGAGCAAGCGUGAAGGAUUUGUAUCAAGAGAGGACGUGGCUCAACAGCUCCGUGUAUAAUAUCCAGGUCAAAGUUGUGGCCGAGCUACGAAAUGCCGCCCAUGGUAAAGAACUGAGAAGUAUGUUACUCCAUCGGUACCAUGAAGACCUACAGUGGAACACCACCAACGAUGAGGGCUAAAUCAACACACGUCAAUCAAUCGCCACCCAACAGCUUAAUCUGUUUUAACGAAAUGUACAUGUAUAAGGAAAUGUAUAUAUUUUCAUUGUGGACUAAUACAGUUUGGAAAAUAAAUCUUUUGAAGUCAC